UUUUAUUUAUUUUUAUUUUAUUUUAUUUUAUUUUCUCUAUCUUCCCUCUUUCUUUUUCCUUUAUAGAUUAUAUCCUUUCUUAUUGAGAUAUUGGUAUUCCAAUGUUACUGAAAUCUAGUCUUUUAUUAUGUGUGAAUGUAGCACUUGCAGCAGCCAUGUAUAGUAGUCGUGAUGCUGUUGUGGAAUUAACGACAGACAAUUUUAAACAACAAGUCCUGGACAACGAUAAACUGGUGGCUGUUGAAUUUUACGCGCCUUGGUGUGGUCACUGUCAAAAGCUUGCUCCCGAAUGGAAAAAGGCAGCAAACAAUUUAAAAGGAUUAGUAGAUGUAGCAGCUAUUGAUUGUGAUCAAGAUGCAAAUAAACCAAUUUGUGGACAAUAUGGUAUUCAAGGUUUCCCCACCAUCAAAAUCUUCCGUCCAAGUGUAAACAAGAAAGGUGUUCGUACAAAGAGUCCCUCUGACUACCAAGGACCCCGUGAAGCCAAACCUAUUGUGGAUCAUCUUUUAUCACUUCAACCUUCUCAAGUUCGACUUAUUAAAGGUGAUCCUAACAAGGUCAAAUCAAAAGCAAGUAUCUCAUUGGACGACUUUUUGGCAACUGAUAACACAACAUUAACCAAAGUGAUUCUUUUCACUGACAAACCUACGACAACACCUCUAUACAAAGCACUUUCAGUAGAUUUUGGUAAUGGACGAUUGUUAAUGGGUGAAGUUAAGAAAAAUGAAAAACUAGUGUUGGACCAAUUUGGUAUUGAUACAUUCCCUACUUUACUUGUGAUACCUCCUGGACAAGAUGCAUUGGUUUAUUCUGGCAAACUUAAAUAUCAACCACUUUAUGAUUACUUGUCAACUUAUACUUCGGAAUCCGUUAAUCAAAAAGACAGGACAAAAUCAUCCAAAAAAUCUACGACUUCUCCUCUUACUGCUGCUGAACCCAUUGUCAAACCAAAAGUCGUGGAAUUAGGAACAAAUGAAGCUUUAAAGGAACACUGUUUGGCAUCCGGAAACAUCAUUUGUGCCAUCACCAUUGUAUCACCGGAAGAAAAGGAUGAAGGUAUUACAGUAUUGAAUGACAUCAAUGAACAAAACACCAAUACAUUGUUCAGAUUCGGUUGGAUGACCAGUGAUAAAGCAUCAGAUAUCAUACAACAACUUGAUUUGGUACAAGAUUAUCCUGGCCUCUUCAUCCUCCAUGCAAGUAAACAACUUUAUCGUCCUUACAUUGGAGCAUGGGAAAAUAAGAGCAUUACUCGUUGGUUGAAUCAAAUUAGCUCUGGUCGUGUCCAAGCUUGGCCAUACUCUGGAGAUUUGAAGGUUACUGAUACUACGGAACAACAACAAGUAGAACAAGAAGAUCAACAAAAGGAAGAAGAAGGGCAAUCAAUGGAACAAGAAAAUCAACAAGCGGAAGAUCAAUCAGAAGACCAACAACGUGUCCGUGAUGAAUUGUAGUAUUUGGGAAUAUUAACCUCGCUCCAACUUUUUUUUUUUUGUUAUAUCAGAAUAAUGAUAUUAUUUGUAUCAAUUUUGAUCAUUGUUUGUUUAUUUGUCUAUACCUUUUUUUCUUUUUUUCUUUUUUUUCUUCACUCCUCGAAUAUACUCUUCUUACUUUUUAUCACAUCUCUUUUCUAUAAAUUAUAUUAUAU